AUGGAAUCUCUGAUGCAUGACAUAAAAACUUGGAUGACAAAGAACAUGGUGAAGCUCAAUGAUGAUAAAACAAAGUUCCUGGUUUUGACAGGUCCUCGUCGAGACUGCUCUGAUUUUCCUUGCUUGUCAAUCGAAAACGAAAGUAUUGUUAAAUCAGAAUCAGUAACUCUCUUAGUAGUAGAACUUGAUGACAAGCUUACCUUAAAGAGUCAUGUUCGUAAUGUUGCGAAAAGUUGUUUUUUCAAGCUCCGCAAUAUGCGUAAGAUUAGAAAAUGUAUUACUGAAGAUGCAGCAAAAAUAAUGGUACACAGUAUGAUUACAUCAAGGCUUGACUAUUGUAAUGCUAUUCUAUAUGGGUUACCAAAUUGUUACUUGGACAGGUUAUAUAGUGUGCAAAAGCUGGCUGCACGAUUAAUCACAGGAACAAGAAAGUACGACCAUAUUACACCGGUAUUGGAAAGACUCCACUGGUUACCAGUGAAAAAGAGAAUAGAGUACAAAAUUCUGUUACUUGUGUUUAAAUGUCUCCAAGGAACUGCACCAGAGUACUUUUCUGAACUGUUAAAAAAGCGUGAAAACAAAGGCACUAGAGCAGAUGACAAAAACCUUUUGGUUAUUCCUAGGUUUAAGAAGGUUACCCAAGGUGGACGAUGUUUUGGAAGAUCUGGCCCAACACUAUGGAACAAUUUACCAGACAGCUUGAGACUUGAGACGAGUUUUAGCAUUUAUAAAAGACGUUUAAAAACGCACUUUUUUGAACUUUCUUAUAAGUAA